AUGGCUGCGUCCUGGUGCCUGCGCGGCUCUCGUCAGCUCGCACUGCGCGCUCCAUUGCGCACAGUUCCCUCUGCUCCUGCGCGGAGCCGAUUCCUCCCCGCAUACCGUGCUCUGAACACAACAACACAACAGUCUCAUUCAUCCCGGCGGCCUGUUUAUACCAGCUCCUUGGCGGACCACGGUGUUCCUCACCCUCGCGAUGUUUUCCAGCCGCUAGAUACCUUCCCCCGACGCCAUAUCGGCCCCUCGCCGGAGGCCGCAGAAGAGAUGCUGGCAGUCCUCGACCCUCCAGUUGCAUCCCUCGAUGAAUUCGUCAAGCAGGUGCUCCCGCCGGAUGUUCUGUCUAAGAAGAACCUCGAUGUCGCACGUGCAAGCGCCGACGAGGGGCUACCUCGGAGCAGUGUCCACGGAGGCCUGGGUGAGACAGACAUGCUGAAGUUGUUGGACAAAUACCGGGAGCAGAUCGACGUCUCUGGAAAGACAUACAUUGGUGCUGGUUACUAUCCCACGAUUGUGCCUCCGGUGAUUCUCCGCAAUGUCCUGGAGAACCCUGCCUGGUACACUAGCUACACUCCUUACCAGCCGGAAAUCAGUCAGGGUCGUCUGGAGUCGCUCCUGAACUUCCAGACUUUGACCGCUGAUCUGACCGGUCUCCCAUUCGCCAACGCUUCGGUCUUGGAUGAAGCCACUGCCGCUGCUGAGGCCAUGACCAUGUCUUUCGCUACAAUGCCCGCCAGCAAGCAAAAGAAGGCCGACAAGACAUACGUUGUCUCCGAUCUGUGCCACCCUCAGACCAUUGCAGUGAUGCGCUCUCGUGCGGAAGGCUUUGGCAUCAACCUCGUCGUUGGAGACAUCCUGGCCAAUGACUUCCAGCUCGUCAAGGAUCAUGGAGAGCAUCUGAUUGGUGUUUUGGCCCAGUACCCUGAUACCGAGGGUGGUAUCUACGACUAUCAGUCUCUGAGCGAUGCUAUCCACUCCUCUGGCGGUACCUUCAGCGUUGCCACCGAUUUGCUCGCCUUGACGCUUCUGAAGGCACCGGGCGAGUUUGGUGCAGACAUUGCCUUCGGUAGCGCCCAGAGAUUUGGUGUUCCCAUGGGAUACGGUGGCCCCCACGCCGCUUUCUUCGCCUGCGCUGACAAGUACAAGCGCAAGGUUCCUGGCCGUGUUGUUGGUGUUUCCAAGGACCGCCUAGGUAACCGUGCUCUCAGACUGGCACUCCAGACCAGAGAGCAGCAUAUUCGCCGCGAAAAGGCUACCAGCAACAUCUGCACUGCCCAGGCAUUGCUUGCAAACAUGAGCGCCAUGUACGCAGUCUACCAUGGACCUGAAGGCCUCAAGGCAAUUGCUCAGCGCAUCAUGUCCAUGACCACCGCCUUACAGGCGAAGCUUGCAGCUUUGGGCUACAAUGUUCCUGCCAAGUCAAACGUUGCAGACGGUGCUGCUGUAUUCGAUACUGUUACCGUGGAGUUCGCGAACAGCCAGGAAGCCGGCGCCAUCAUUGCAGCUGCACGCGAGAAGAAACUUUUCUUUCGACACGUCUCCCCUACCAAGGUCGGUGUUUCUCUCGAUGAGACCACUGGCCGCGAUGAGGUCAAGACCAUCCUCGAGGUCUUCGCUUCUCACGCCAAGGGUGAAGUUGCCCUUGAGCAGGAGCUCAACCUGGCUCACAUCCCUGCUAGCCUGGAGCGCACAUCUUCCUAUCUCACUCACCCGGUAUUCAACACCCACCGCUCUGAAACCGAGAUGCUACGGUUCAUCCGUCACCUGGAGUCCAAGGACUUGUCUCUGGCCCACUCUAUGAUCCCGCUCGGCUCUUGCACGAUGAAGCUCAACGCUACCACCGAGAUGAUUCCCGUGUCGUACCCCGAGUUCUCUCAGAUGCACCCAUUCCUUCCCGCAGAUGUCGCCAAGGGAUACACUCAGAUGAUUGAUGACUUGGAGCAGCAGCUUGCGGACAUCACUGGAAUGGCCGAGGUAACGGUUCAGCCCAACUCUGGUGCCCAGGGUGAGUUCGCCGGUCUGCGUGUCAUCAAGAAGUUCCAGGAAGCCACUGGCAGCGCCAAGCGCAACAUCUGCCUGAUCCCUGUCUCUGCCCACGGCACCAACCCCGCGAGUGCUGCUAUGGCCGGCAUGAAGGUCGUCACGAUUAAGUGUGACACCAAGACUGGUAACCUUGAUCUCGACGACCUCAAGCUUAAGUGUGAGAAACACAAGGACGAAUUGGCCGCCAUCAUGAUAACCUACCCCAGUACAUUUGGUGUGUACGAGCCCGGUGUCAAGAAGGCUUGCGAACUUGUCCACCAGCAUGGCGGUCAGGUCUACAUGGACGGAGCCAACAUGAACGCUCAGAUUGGUCUGUGCUCACCUGGUGAGAUCGGUGCCGAUGUCUGCCAUUUGAACCUACACAAGACCUUCUGUAUUCCCCACGGUGGCGGUGGCCCCGGUGUCGGUCCUAUCGGUGUCGCAGAGCACCUUCGUCCCUACUUGCCGUCGCACCCCAACAGCGAGUAUCUCCAGUCUAAGCGUUCCGAGUCUUCCUCUCCCCCGAUCAGCGCUGCACCUUGGGGUAGCGCCAGCAUCCUUCCCAUCACCUUCAACUACAUCAACAUGAUGGGCUCUAAGGGAUUGACCCACGCGACCAAGAUCACCUUGCUCAACGCCAACUACAUCCUCUCUCGUCUCAAGGAACACUACCCUAUCCUGUACACCAACGACAACGGCCGCUGUGCCCACGAGUUCAUCCUUGAUGUCCGCAAGUUCAAGGAUACCUGCGGUAUCGAAGCCAUUGACAUUGCCAAGCGGUUACAGGACUAUGGCUUCCACGCGCCGACCAUGUCCUGGCCUGUGGCCAACACCCUCAUGAUCGAGCCUACGGAAUCCGAAAACAAGGCAGAGCUUGACCGCUUCUGCGACGCUCUCAUCUCCAUCCGUCAGGAGAUCGCAGCCGUCGAGAGCGGCGCGCAGCCCCGGGAGGGCAAUGUCCUCCGAUUGGCUCCGCACACCCAGCGCGACCUCCUCGCCACCGAGUGGGAUCGCCCAUACACCCGCGAGGCGGCGGCGUACCCUCUUCCCUACCUCAUUGAGAAGAAGUUCUGGCCCUCCGUAACGCGAGUGGACGAUGCCUACGGAGACCAGAACCUGUUUUGCACGUGCGGGCCCGUCGAGGACAGCGAGUAG